GUUCUCAUUCCUUUGGCUAACCACCGCCGACUACUUCCGUGUUUGCUUCCUUGUUCACGAAAACCCAAAAGUCAGUAGGCAAAAUAUGUCGUUUUAUCUGUUUUUAUUUAGUUUCCUCUCUGAUUCUAGUUAGAUUUUUGUCUUCGGUUUGUUUGUUUUUUUUUUUUAAGUUUGAACAAGUCUUGGAAUGGCCACGGCCGCAACUCCGGAGGAACCGGAGGGGCUCCAAAGCCACCCUGGAAAUUCAACUGAAGCGGGGAAAGAGAUUCCAGCUCCGGUUUUGAAGAAUACAAGUGGCCACCGGGGAGGGGAUCAGACUGGGGAGACCGUCUACAAAAAGACGCCUUCGUGGGCUCUGCAAGGCGCCAUCCAGCUGGGGAUCACGCACACGGUGUGCAGCUUGGCUCAGAAGUCCGAGCGGGACGUGCUGCUGCAGGACUUCGAAGAGGUGGAGAGCAUCUACUUCCCCGGCGAAGGCAGCAGCCACACGCCGGCGCACCACUACGGAGACUUCGGCUUCAAGACGUACGCGCCCAUUGCCUUCCGCUACUUCAGGGAAAUGUUUUGCAUCCAGCCCGAUGACUACAUGUGUUCUCUGUGCAGCGAGGACCUGAUCGAGCUCUCCAACCCGGGAGCCAGCGGCUCGCUCUUCUACCUCUCGCAUGACGACCAGUUCAUCAUGAAGACGGUCCAGCGCAAGGAGGCGGAGUUCCUGCAGAAGCUCCUGCCAGGAUACUUCAUGAACCUGAACCAGAACAAGCGCACCCUGCUCCCCAAGUUUUACGGCCUCUACUGCAUCCAACGAAACGGCACCAACAUCCGCAUCGUGGUCAUGAACAACCUGCUGCCGUCCUCGGUCCGGCUGCACCUCAAGUUCGACCUGAAGGGCUCCACGUACAACCGCCGGGCCUCCUCCAAGGAGCGGGCCAAGGCCUUGCCCACCUACAAGGACCUGGACUUCCUGCAGGACAUGCCAGACGGGAUGCUGCUGGACCCCGACAUGUACAACGCCUUCUGCAAGACGGUGCAGCGGGACUGCCUGGUGCUCCAGAGUUUCAAGAUUAUGGACUACAGUCUCCUGCUCGGAAUCCACAUGGUAGAUCAGGCCGGCGGAGAGACCGCGCAGACGGAGCCGGCGGCGGAGAGGAGGAAGCCCCAGAACCAGAAGGUCCUGUACAACACGCCCAUGGAGGCCAUCCAGGCCGAGGCCAGGGACGCCGGCUCGCCGGGAAGCCGCGACUCCACGGGAGGGAUUCCGGCACGAAACUCCAAAGGCCAGAGACUGCUGGUGUACAUCGGCAUCAUUGACAUUCUGCAGUCUUACAGAUUUAUCAAGUUGCUGGAGCACACGUGGAAGUCUCUGGUUCAAGACGGGGAUACAGUCUCGGUGCACAGGCCCGAUUUCUACGCCGACCGAUUCCAGAAGUUCAUGUGCAACACGGUCUUCAAGAGAGUCCAAUUGAAGACGUCGCCGUCAAAGAGGCGCCACAGCACUAUGAGGAAGUCUGACAGCGCCGCGGCACAGCAGCGAGAACAGAAGAGCAACCAGAAUCAGAACCAGAACCAGCAGCCGGUUGUCAAGGAUGAGAAAAGCUCGGACAGCAAAGAGGGCACGGCCCAAGGCGAUGAUAAAAAGGAAGCACCUAAAUCCAAUGAGGCAAACGGAAAGACCUGAUCGCAACUCUCAACUGAAUCUUAGUCGAAAAGUUUUUUUUGGGGGGGACGGACCAUUUUUAACUCCACUUUGAUUGCGUUUGGACUUACGAUGUCGUAUUUUUUACUCAUCUCAUUGGAAUGUUUUGACGUGCUGCCAAAGAUGUUUCUCACCUUUAACUUGAGCGUUAUUCGGCGUGUAUUGUGGACUUUGGGAGGAGGAAAUCCACCGUGUUCAAUGGAUGGACCAAACCACCUGAAUUGAGUGCCAAAACACAAAGCCAUAAAAAAAAAUCUGUACAUUGAAAAUAAUGUAUGAUAAUGUCUAAUCUCUAUGUGUUUACAAUUUUGAUAUGCAGGUGUUACACUUUAUACUGUACAAAUAGUAACAAUGAGUUAUUUAUGACUGUUUUACACUGCGAUGUUUUGUAUGCUCAGUAUAUUUACAGGUUCAAGAAAGGGUGCAAUCAUCGGGUCUGGGGCGGAUUAGUAUUUUAUCCUUAUGCAAUGUGCCUUAGGGACCAUAAAUCCUGUAUAUUUAUUUGGACAUUACUGUUUGCCUUUUUUUUUUUUUUUUUUGUCUCUGUUG